CCUCCGCCAGGGGGCGAGAGACGGGCUGGCCCGGCGCAGCCAGCAGUAGACAAAAGGCUCUUGCGCUCUCGCUCUCUCUCCGCGCCGCCUCCCGCGCGUUUGGCCCGCCGGCGGCGGAGAGCGAUGUGUGUGGGGCGUGCGCGCCGCCGGGCGGAGGCCGCGCGAUGGCCGGGCGCCGCGGGCUGCUGAAGCGCAAGCCCAAAUUCACGCUGCAGGAGAUCGACGUACUGAUGAGCGAGGUGCUCCGCUACGAGCAGCUGCUCUUCGGCGCCGCCACCGUCAACGCCUACGAGAAGCAGAAGAUCUGGUGGCGCAUCACCCACAAGAUCAACGCGGCCGGGCGCAACCAACGCGACAUCGGCGAGGUCAAGAACCGCUGGCGGGGACUGCGGCGCCGCGCCAACGACAAGAUCGCCCGGCACCGCCUCCUGCAGCGCCAGGCGCAGGCCGGGGGGCGACCCCGCCUCGCCCACCUCUCCGGUAGCAGCAGCAGCGAGCCCCACAGCUCACCGGAGCUCGGCCCCGAGUGGGCCUCGCCCGGCGUGCGCCCCUCGGAUGCGCCGCCGUCGCCUGCCGCUAUGGAGGUUGUGGUUCUUCAGGGUGUGAAGGAGGAGCCAGUGAAGGAAGAACCAGUAGAUGUGAAGUCAGAGCCAUCCCACUCCCUUCCCACUAAGGCCAUCCACCAGCAUGGGAGCCAGGGGGCUGAGACGCAGCUGCUCAGGAGCUCUGCCCAUGCCCCCAAUGAUCCGUGUGAGGGCUGGAGGAGAAGCCCCUCAAAUUCCUCACAGACUGAGCUCUCAGAGGCCCUGGGUUCGGAUUAUGCAAGCAUCACAUUUGACCACAAGUCACCACCACCUGGGCACCUAAGCGACAUAGGAGAUAUGGUUGCUCCUGAGACUGUGCCGAUUCAGGAAGGGCUGUCAGAAAGCAACCGCCUGAGCCUAGCAGAGAGGCGGAUUGUCCAGUCAAAUGAGCAGCUGGCACAGGAGGUGCGUGCCUUCCGGCAGGAAUAUGCUGAGAGCCACAGGGAGACGGCCUCCAUCUUGCACAGCAUUGCUGAAGCCCUGAGUGGCGUCUGCAGCAGCCUGUCCGAGAUCCGGGACCUCUACCUCCGCCAGCAGGUGGUACCCAAGCAAUGAGGGAUCCACCGGCAGAAGAUGCCAAGCACCUCUGGAAAGGUGCCAGCUACUCCAGAAGUGACUAAUAUGGGGAAGAAUUUAUUCUGCAAUUUGGAGUUACAGGUUUGUUUGUUUUCAGGACAGGUUUUCCUUUGGAUUCUUCUUCCAUUCCCAGCUCAAUAAAACUGUGAAAUUGA